CGCAUGUGACACAUCACCGUAGUGUUGAUUGAAUGUGGCUUCGACGCAUGUCGAGAUUUUAACUCUGAAAUUAACUAUAAUAUCUAUUUUUCAAACUGCACGAAUUCUGUCAGAAGUGAAGCUUACAACCAUAGGAGGAUGCGUGGUAUAUUAGUUUUUCUCGUGGCUGUCGGAGCUGCAUCUGCCCUCUACAGUGCUAGUGACGAUGUGGUGGAACUCACAGCUGGAAAUUUCAAUUCAAAAGUCAUCAACAGUGAUGCUGUUUGGCUUGUGGAGUUUUAUGCACCAUGGUGUGGCCAUUGUAAAAACCUAGCACCAGAGUGGAAGAAAGCUGCUACUGCUUUGAAGGGCAUUGUUAAUGUCGGAGCAGUUGACAUGGAUGUUCAUGGUUCAGUCGGUGGCCCAUAUAACGUCAGGGGAUUCCCCACAAUUAAGAUCUUUGGAGCCAACAAGAAUAGUCCUUCAGAUUACAAUGGUGCUCGAUCAGCUUCCGGAAUCACGGAUGCUGCGAUGAAGACCCUCAAGGAGACAGUUUCUGCAAGGCUCAGUGGUGGUGGCAAGCGUGGAGGGAGUAGCGGAGGAAGUGGCGGCGGAGGAGGUGGAGGCAACAAGGGAAACUCAGACGACGUGAUUGAAUUGACCGAUGGUAACUUUGAGAAGGAGGUACUUCAAUCUAAAGAGGGAUUCUUGGUUGAGUUUUUCGCUCCGUGGUGCGGCCAUUGCCAGAGACUUGCACCCGAGUAUGCUAAAGCAGCCACGGAACUCAAAGGGAAAAUCAAACUCGGAGCGUUGGAUGCUACAGCACAUACUGUGAUGGCCUCGCGAUUUCAGGUGAAAGGCUACCCCACUCUGAAGUAUUUUCCUGCCGGUGCUAAGGAUUUUAACAGCGCUGUUGAUUAUACGGGUGGUCGUACUGCAUCAGAUAUCGUCGCCUGGGGACUUGAAAAAGCUGCUGAUUCCGUUGAACCGCCAGAAAUCUUGGAGCUUACAGGUAAUGAAGUUUUAACAGAAGCAUGCAAGGAGCAUCCUCUGUGCAUCGUCUCAGUUCUUCCACACAUCUUGGAUACUGGAGCGGUGGGUAGGAAUCAGUACAUACAGAUUCUCAGAGAGUUAGGAGAAAAAUACAAAGCUAAGCUUUGGGGGUGGGUGUGGACAGCAGCAGGAGAGCAUUCGUCAUUGGAGCAGUCUCUUGAUAUCGGGGGCUUUGGAUACCCUGCCAUGGCUGUUAUGAAUGUCAGGAAAAAGAAAUUUUCUAUCCUCAGGGGGUCAUUUGACAAAGCGGGAAUCGAUGAAUUUUUGCGUGCAAUUUCUGUUGGAAGGGGCUCAACACAAACUUUAAGAGAUGGACUCCCAGAGAUUCAAUCUGUAGAAGCAUGGGAUGGGAAAGACGGACAGCUGCCAGUGGAGGAUGAUAUUGACCUCAGUGACAUUGACUGGGAUGAUGAAGAACCAAAUAAGGAUGAACUUUGAACUUUGACCUCAACACUCAUAUUAAUUUAUUCAACCCUGGACUCCUGCAAUAAUCUCCAAGCUUCAUGUCGUGUGUGUAGUCUCGCUUCAAGGUAGAUAGAUCUGAGGAUGUAACAUGAAAGAGAUAUACUUGCUUGUACAAUUUAUUUGUAACAUUCUGUAAUGUUUUGCUGUAAACAUACAGUUAUGUUUAAUCGUACAAUUGAUGUUAUCUUUAUGAUUACAGGGCUCUGAUUGUUGAUCUAAGUUUCAUACAUUUUUAAAAGAAUGGGAUGAUUUUCAUGCGUAUUAUUACUGUCCAUAUUGUGCUAUGGUUUUAAAGGAAUUCUUUCUGAGAAGGACUGCUGUGGAGGGAUUGAUAAAUCAAUGUCUUUUGUGUGAUAACUCUAGAUGUUUUUUUUCGGAAUGUUAUCCACAAUGCUCAGUUAUGUACCCCCACUUCUGUUGUACAUCAACCCUUUACAUGUACACACUACUUUAAUAACUGGUUUUAUGCAGAACCAGUUUACCUCAAUUUUCAACAAGAUUGUUUAACCUGUAUCAUCACCAGUGUCUUUCUGCCUUGAAGACAGACUAUGUUUUUAUGGAGUGUAUGGUUCGUGAGUUCAUAUUCCUAAUUUUCAAAUCCCUAAUUUUGUUUGAAAGGUUUUUUUUUUUUUUUUUUUUUUUAGAAUUCAAAGAAUAUGUAUACAUUUAUGGUCAUUGGAGAUUUUCUAGAUGCUAAAAUGUAUGUUCCUUACUAUGGUUGUCAUGACAACCUUAGAAAUGAAUCUGGUAGAUAUUGUUUGAAAGGCCACUGAGUCCAAGUUUUGUGGACCAAAGUCAGACAGUAGUACAGUGUACAGUAGUACAGCCACAUCUUGCAGCCCCAUCUAUCAAAUGGUUGAACACAGAUCUAUUCCAAUCAAACUCAUAUUGUGAUUGAUAAAAACAGUAAUAUCUCUUUACUCCACAAAUUUAGACCAAUCGUAAUUUGAGUUUGACUCAAUUCCAUCACAUUUCUUUGUGAGACAAGGCCAUAGUGUGCUACUGUCAUGGAGGUUACAAUUAGACAGUACUUGAAGUGAAAUGGCACAGUGUACUUUUAUAUGUUUCAUUUUCUGGCAAUUCUAAAAGCUUUGAUAAGUCCCUUGUUGAAGUCACUUCCA